GCAGCAGAGAGGUAACGGAAGACAAAAGGAGCCUGCAAGAGAGGCGCUGCAUUCAUCCAUCGCUUUGUUUUUACUACACACAGCAAAAAUGGACCUCCAGAUUUGCCACUGCUGCGGAUGGUCCAAAGUGACAACUUACCAGGGCCUGAGAAUUCACCAGGGGAGGAUGGGAUGCACCCCGAAGGGCGUGAGGGUUGCAGAGCCUCAACAGAAAUACUCGUGGGGAUAUGUGGGACAUGCAAACACUCAAAUAGACCUCAAGCUAGAUGUCCACACCUCUUACAAGAUUAAAGAAACAACAGAAUAUUCAGACCUGAGCCUCCAGGUUUGUCACUGCGGAUGGAGCAAACGUACGACUUACCAGGGCUUAAGAAUUCACCAGGGGAGGAUGGGAUGCACACCAAAGGGAGCGGGGAUCCCCAAAAAAGAGCAGUAUGACUGGAAAAAUCAGAGGGAAGAGAUGGAUCACUGGAAACAUUUGUCAGCUAAGAAAGAAACUGUGAAGAAGCAGAAUUUUCCAGAGUCACCAAGCAUGUACAGUUGUGCCAACGCUGGAGCAACAGCCAUAUUCAAAGAAGAAUACAAACUAACAGCCUCUGUACAUGCACAACGGUCCUCCCUGCAGGAGCUGCCCACCCUUCCACAGGUGAGCAGAACCACCAGGGAGCCUUCAGCACCACCAUAUCCAGGAAAUGUGGUCAGGCCCAAGAAGAAAAAAAUAAAGCAGCAAACACUCUCACAGAUGGAGGAGAGCAGUGCAGUGGCAGAAUACUGGAGUGUUGACUGCUAUACUGACUAUGCAACACCAGCAGUCAAAAUCAAGGAGGAGCCAAAAUCACUUAUAGCACUUGCAGCUCCACGAUCAUCUUUCCAAAGAACCAGCAGCCGCCAGCUACAGGAAUUCUCCACUGCUGUGCCAUCUUCUGGAUUUCAGGCACAACAAUCUGUUAGAGCACCUCCAACUGCUCCACCUCUGGAAGCAGCAGUGCUGCCUAUGAAGAAAGAUCGGAGGGAGCAAACACAGGCGACUGGACCUGCCAGGAAGCCUUCAGCACCACCAUACCCAGGAAACAUACACACACAAAAGGAGAAGAAAAUAAAGCAGCCAGCAUCACAGAUGGAGGAGAGCAGUGCAGUGGCAGAAUACUGGAGUGCUGACUUCUAUACUGACUAUGCAACACCAGCAGUCAAAAUCAAGGAGGAGCCAAAAUCACCACUUGCAGCUCCACGAUCAUCUUUCCAAAGAACCAGCAGCUGCCAGCCACAGGAAUUCCCCACUGCUGUGACGGUACAACAAUCUGUUGGAGCUCCUCCAACUGCUCCACCUCUGGAAGCAGCAGUGCUGCCUAUGAAGAAAAAUAGGAGCGAGCAAACACAGUCUUCUGGAUUUCAGGUACAACAAUCUGUUAGAGCACCUCCAACUGCUCCACCUCUGGAAGCAGCAGUGCUGCCUAUGAAGAAAGAUCGGAGGGAGCAAACACAGGCGACUGGACCUGCCAGGAAGACUUCAGCACCACCAUACCCAGGAAACAUACACACACAAAAGGAGAAGAAAAUAAAGCAGCCAGCAUCACAGACAGAAGACAGCAGUGCAGUGGCAGGAUAUCUGAGAGGUGACCGCUCUGCAGACUGUGCAACAACAGCAACCAAAAUAAACAAGAAGCCAAAAUCAUCACUUGCAACUCCACAACCAUCUUUCCAAAGAGCCACCAGCAGCCAGCAGCAGGAGCUCUCCUCUGGUGUGCAGGUGAAAGGAUCUGUGAGAGAAGCUUCAAGUACUCUCCAACUGGAAGCUGCAGUGACGCCUAAAGAGACAAACAGGGAGCAUAAAACACAGGGGACCAAAUCAUCCCGGUAUCAUCCACCAUCUCCACCUCCAGUCCCGCCUAAGAAGAACUCGGCUUUAUUCAAGGAAAUGUUGGAGAGCUUUAAAACAGAAUUACAGCCAAAAAUUCAGAUGAUGGAAGGGAAAAGUUGUGAAAUCAGACCAGCAGAGACAGCCUGCAGACCAGAGAGCGUCCCAGAUUUAACAAACACAAACAGCCAAACAGGUUCUGCAGCAGCAGACGUGUCACCAAAGGAGAAUCCAACACUGUUGAAUGAAGCUGCAGAGGCUGAAGGCUCCACUGGCAUGAAGGUGAAGGAACUAGCCCGCAGGUUUUCAGCUACUACAGCCAGUGAGACAGUGAUCCCACCAAAGGAGAAACAUGGAGCACACCAGAAACUGUCUCAGAAUUCAGCAGAACCUACAAAGAUAAGCAGCUGUGCCGACUCCACAGCAACACCCAUAAUCAGGGAAGAAUACAAACCAUCCACUUCUGCAUUUGCACAGCGCCCCUCCCAAAGGGCCAAUAACUCAAAGUCAGACCAUCAGCUGCAGACGUUCUGCACCCUUCCACAGGUGACUGGACCUGCCAGGAAGCCUUCAGCACCACCAUACCCAGGAAACAUACACACACAAAAGGAGAAAACAAUGAAGCAGCCAACAUUAUCACAGAUGGAAGACAGCAGUGCAGUGGCAGGAUAUUGGAGUGUUGACAUCUAUACUGACGAUGCAACACCAGCAGUCAAAGUCAAGGAGAAGCCAAAAUCACCACUUGCAACUCCACAACCAUCUUUCCAAAGAGCCACCAGCAGCCAGCAGCAGGAGCUCUCCUCUGGUGUGCAGGUGAAAGGAUCUGUGAGAGAAGUUCCAAGUACUCUCCAACUGGAAGCUGCAGUGACGCCUAAAGAGACAAACAGGGAGCAUCAAACACAGAUGAUGAGUUUGGCCAGUGACCAUCCAACAACCACACACCCAGAAGCAGCAGAAGAAGCUGAGGAAAAGCACAGAGAGAAUCCAACAUUUCCACAGGGGACCAAAUCAUCCCGGUAUCAUCCACCAUCUCCACCUCCAGUCCCGCCUAAGAAGAACUCGGCUUUAUUCAAGGAAAUGUUGGAGAGCUUUAAGACAGAAUUACAGCCAAAAAUUCAGAUGAUGGAAGGGAAAAGUUGUGAAAUCAGACCAGCAGAGACAGCCUGCAGACCAGAGAGCGUCCCAGAUUUAACAAACACAAACAGCCAAACAGGUUCUGCAGCAGCAGACGUGUCACCAAAGGAGAAUCCAACACUGUUGAAUGAAGCUGCAGAGGCUGAAGGCUCCACUGGCAUGAAGGUGAAGGAACUAGCCCGCAGGUUUUCAGCUACUACAGCCAGUGAGACAGUGAUCCCACCAAAGGAGAAACAUGGAGCACCCCAGAAACUGUCUCAGGUGAAGCUACUGACUCAAAGGUUUUCAGCCAUUUCUGCCCAGGAAACAGCAGGCGGAGCAAAGGAGAAACAAAGAGAGGAACAAAAACGCUCACAGAUGUUGACAGAUUCAACACGUGAUGCCACCAAAGUCAAUUCUGCAGCAACAAAAGCAACACUGGAGAAGGGUCCCGAAUUAUCAUGUGAAAAUGCACAGUUCUCCUCUGGUUUGAAGGUGAAGGAUCUGGCCCGGAUGUUUUCAGCAAGCGCGACACAGGAAAAAGCAAUCGGACCAAAAGAGAAACAAAGAGAAGAACAGAAACCUGCACAGCGGGUGAAGCUACUUGUCUGGAAGCUUUCAGCCAGGGAAGGCAAAGAUCAUCAUACAGAGAAAGAUGAGGAGGAUCAAAAACCCUCAAAGCAGAUAUAAUGUAAGACUGGAUCCGGCCACUGCACGCAGAUGCUUCAUAUCUGCUGAUGGGAAGCAAGUAAGAGCCAGAGAAGAGAAGCAGAAAGCUCCAGAGGCUGAGGCGUCAUUCAGCAGCGUCAUGGGGCUCAUCAGCUUGAUGCCUGUGAAAUCUCACUGGGAGGUGGAAGUUAACAGCCAGAGCUAAUGCCAUGUGGGUAUAAUGAGAGCACAAGGAGAACCUCUCAUUAAACCAAGAAAACAGGAUGACUGGACAUAAUGGAGACAUAACGGAGUCUCCAGUCUCUACAGUACUUCUUUCUGUGUGAAACAGACCCCACCGGAGGUCUGUGACAGAGACAAAGAGUACACAGCCCUCACAGAACCACCUGCUCCCUUCACCCCUAAGGAAAAAUUCCAAAAUGUUGGAGAUUUUGUCGAUUGCAAGGAAGGUUUUGUGCUGUUCUACUAUGUCACAGCUCAGACUCACCUCUACUCUUUUACAGAGUGUUUACUGAGGAACUCUCCCCCUAUUUUAGUGUUUGUCUUAAAGACUAUGGUGUAAAUACUGAUCUCAGCUGUUAAGAAUCAAUAGCUAAACAUACUAGCCAGCCUGUGGCAUUCAUUUUACACUGGUUUGUGCACAUAUGCAGCUAUUAUUGUUUUUUUGUUUUUUUUGUCUGUUUGUUUUUUUUGGAAGAAGAAGAAUAA